UUCCGGGGCGCUAGCGCGCUCCGGGAGGCUGGGGGCGCUGAAUUCUGCAUCUUCCUUCAGGCUGUGGCGAGACAACUCCCCCGAGCCCCGCGGCCCGGCCUUGGGGCAGCCAUGGACUCGCAGGAAUUGAAGACUUUGAUUAAUUACUAUUGUCAAGAGAGGUAUUUCCAUCAUGUGUUACUGGUUGCCAGUGAAGGAAUUAAGAGGUAUGGAAGUGAUCCAGUCUUCAGGUUUUAUCAUGCCUAUGGCACAUUAAUGGAAGGUAAAACUCAAGAAGCUCUUCGAGAAUUUGAGGCUAUUAAAAAUAAACAAGAUGUAUCACUUUGUUCUCUACUUGCACUGAUAUAUGCCCAUAAAAUGAGUCCUAAUCCAGAUAGAGAAGCUAUUCUGGAAUCAGAUGCCAGAGUGAAGGAACAACGUAAAGGAGCUGGAGAGAAAGCCUUAUACCAUGCAGGCUUAUUUUUAUGGCACAUUGGUCGCCAUGAUAAAGCAAGGGAAUAUAUUGACAGAAUGAUCAAAAUGUCAGAUGGUAGUAAACAGGGACACGUUUUGAAAGCAUGGCUUGAUAUUACAAGAGGAAAAGAGCCUUACACUAAAAAAGCACUGAAGUAUUUUGAAGAGGGACUCCAAGAUGGGAAUGAUACUUUUGCUCUGCUGGGUAAGGCACAAUGCCUUGAGAUGCGCCAGAAUUAUUCAGGUGCCCUGGAGACUGUGAACCAGAUUAUUGUGAAGUUUCCGAGCUUCCUUCCCGCUUUUGUUAAGAAAAUGAAAUUACAACUGGCCUUGCAAGAUUGGGACCAGACAGUUGAGACAGCACAAAGGUUGCUGCUCCAAGAUAGCCAAAAUGUGGAAGCACUGAGAAUGCAGGCACUCUACUAUGUGUGUAGGGAGGGGGAUAUAGAGAAGGCUUCCACCAAGCUGGAAAACUUGGGAAAUGCAUUGGAUGCCAUGGAACCACAGAAUGCUCAACUUUUCUAUAACAUUACACUCGCCUUCAGCAGAACUUGUGGACGUAGUCAACUCCUUCUUCAAAAAAUUCAAACGUUACUUGAGAGAGCUUUUAGUUUAAACCCUCAACAAUCAGAAUUUGCUACAGAACUUGGAUACCAAAUGAUUUUACAAGGAAGAGUUAAAGAGGCACUUAAGUGGUAUAAGACCGCCAUGACACUUGAUGAGACUAGUGUGUCUGCCCUAGUUGGAUUUAUCCAAUGUCAGUUGAUAGAAGGGCAAUUACAGGAUGCAGAUCAGCAGCUAGAAUUUUUAAAUGAAAUCCAGCAGUCCAUUGGAAAAUCUGCGGAAUUGAUCUAUUUACAUGCAGUUCUUGCCAUGAAGAAAAAUAAACGACAAGAAGAAGUUAUUAAUUUGUUAAAUGAUGUCCUGGACACUCACUUUUCACAAUUAGAAGGUUUGCCUCUUGGCAUACAGUAUUUUGAAAAGCUAAAUCCUGAUUUCUUGUUAGAAAUUGUUAUGGAAUAUCUGAGCUUCUGUCCAAUGCAGCCUGCAAGUCCUGGGCAACCUCUUUGUCCACUUCUCAGGCGUUGCGUCUCAGUCCUGGAGGCUGUAGUAAGAACUGUUCCAGGUCUUCUGCAAACUAUCUUCCUAAUAGCAAAAGUGAAAUAUUUGUCAGGUGAUAUUGAAGCAGCUUUUAAUAACCUUCAGCAUUGCUUAGAACACAAUCCCUCUUAUGCCGAUGCUCAUCUGCUGCUAGCUCAGGUUUACUUGUCUCAAGAAAAAGUCAAAUUGUGUUCUCAGUCUCUUGAACUUUGUCUGAGCUAUGAUUUUAAGGUGAGAGACUAUCCUUUAUAUCAUUUGAUAAAAGCUCAGUCACAAAAGAAAAUGGGAGAAAUAGCAGACGCAAUUAAAACACUGCAUAUGGCAAUGAGUUUACCAGGAAUGAAAAGAAUUGGAGCUUCCACAAAAUCAAAAGACAGAAAAACUGAAGUUGAUACAAGCCAUCGUUUAUCAAUCUUUCUUGAAUUGAUAGACCUUCACCGCUUAAAUGGAGAGCAGCAUGAGGCAGCCAAAGUUUUACAGGAUGCCAUCCAUGAAUUUUCUGGAACAUCUGAAGAAGUGCGGGUUACCAUUGCUAAUGCAGACCUAGCUCUUGCCCAAGGAGAUAUUGAGCGGGCUUUAAGCAUCCUUCAAAAUGUUACAGCCGAACAGCCUUAUUUUAUAGAGGCCAGAGAAAAAAUGGCAGAUAUUUAUCUGAAGCACAGAAAAGAUAAAAUGUUAUAUAUCACUUGUUUUAGAGAAAUUGCUGAAAGAAUGGCUAACCCUCGGUCUUUUCUUCUCCUUGGUGAUGCAUACAUGAAUAUUCUAGAGCCUGAAGAAGCCAUAGUAGCAUAUGAGCAAGCAUUAAAUCAGAACCCGAAAGAUGGAACAUUGGCAAGCAAAAUGGGCAAAGCACUUAUCAAAACUCAUAACUACUCAAUGGCAAUCACUUACUAUGAAGCUGCUCUGAAAACUGGACAAAAGAAUUAUCUUUACUAUGACCUGGCUGAGCUCUUAUUAAAAUUGAAAUGGUAUGACAAAGCAGAAAAAGUUCUUCAACAUGCUCUGGCUCAUGAACCUGUAAAUGAACUGUCAGCUCUCAUGGAGGAUGGACGUUGUCAAGUUCUUCUAGCAAAAGUUUAUAGUAAAAUGGAAAGACCUGGUGAUGCAAUCACUGCAUUACAACAGGCUCGAGAAUUACAAGCUCGGGUACUAAAACGUGUUCAGAUGGAACAGCCAGAUGCAGUUCCUGCACAGAAACAUUUAGCAGCUGAAAUUUGUGCAGAGAUUGCAAAACAUUCUGUUGCUCAGCGAGACUAUGAAAAAGCAAUUAAGUUUUAUAGAGAGGCGCUGGUUCACUGUGAAACAGAUAAUAAGAUUAUGUUGGAACUGGCACGAUUAUACCUGGCACAAGAUGACCCUGAUUCCUGCCUGCGGCAGUGUGCUCUACUGCUUCAGAGUGACCAGGAUAAUGAAGCUGCUACCAUGAUGAUGGCUGAUCUCAUGUUCAGAAAACAAGACUAUGAACAAGCAGUGUUUCAUUUACAGCAGCUUUUAGAACGUAAGCCAGAUAAUUAUAUGACAUUAUCUCGUUUGAUUGAUCUCCUAAGAAGAUGUGGAAAACUCGAGGAUGUCCCAAGAUUUUUCUCAAUGGCUGAGAAACGUAACUCCAGAGCAAAAUUGGAACCAGGAUUUCAGUAUUGUAAAGGACUGUAUCUUUGGUACACUGGAGAACCAAAUGAUGCCCUUCGACAUUUUAAUAAAGCUCGGAAAGAUCGUGACUGGGGCCAAAAUGCCCUUUAUAAUAUGAUAGAAAUCUGUUUGAAUCCAGAUAAUGAAACUAUUGGAGGUGAAGUAUUUGAAAACCUGGAUGGAGACCUGGGUAAUUCAACUGAGAAGCAAGAAUCUGUGCAAUUGGCAGUAAGAACAGCAGAAAAACUUCUUAAGGAACUAAAACCUCAGACUGUUCAGGGUCACGUACAGCUUCGCAUAAUGGAAAACUAUUGCUUAAUGGCUACCAAACAGAAAUCUAAUAUCGAACAAGCAUUAAAUACCUUCACUGAAAUAGCAGCAUCUGAGAAGGAGCAUAUCCCAGCACUCUUGGGAAUGGCAACAGCUUAUAUGAUCUUGAAACAGACUCCACGAGCCAGAAACCAGCUGAAGCGUAUUGCGAAAAUGAAUUGGAAUGCUAUUGAUGCUGAAGAGUUUGAGAAGAGUUGGCUGCUACUUGCUGAUAUUUACAUUCAAUCAGCAAAAUAUGACAUGGCAGAAGAACUGUUAAAACGGUGCCUGCGUCAUAAUAGAUCUUGCUGCAAAGCUUAUGAAUAUAUGGGAUACAUUAUGGAAAAAGAGCAAGCAUAUACAGAUGCUGCCUUGAACUAUGAGAUGGCAUGGAAAUAUAGCAAUCGGACAAAUCCGGCAGUAGGAGGUGCUAUUUUGAAAUUGGGAAUGCCAUGGAAAAAGAUGUUUCCAUUGCCAAGAUACAAACUGGCAUUUAAUUACUUAAAAGCAAAAAGAUAUGUGGAUUCAAUUGACAUAUGUCACCAGGUUCUUGAAGCACAUCCAACUUACCCAAAAAUCAGAAAGGAUAUACUUGAUAAGGCCCGUGCAUCUUUAAGACCUUGAAAAUAAUUUUAACUUAGGUGUUGGUUUAACAGGAAAUGAAAAAAAUCUAACUUUCAGUUCUUCCUGUUCAAAACAGGUUUGAGCUCAGUGCUUUGUUAUUAGAAGUAUACCCUUUUUUCUCCAGCAGAGGUUGCUGCUGUACAUCAAGAGAAGUACUAUGUGAAAUUGGUGUUUCCUAAUGGAGUUGAAUGAGAGCUGGUCUGUUUGACUCUGUUUUGAUUAGGUACAGAUUUGGUGACUCUGUGGUAAAGACUAUAAUUAUUUCUAUAAAGAAUAUUUUGUUAAAAUCUAGGUAAUUAAAUACCCUGUAUCUUUCCUAAGGAAUAUUGUUUAUUUCAGGAAACAUAUUUAAAAUGCAUUGUUCUCUUUUAAAGUGUUUUUGUUAUAUUCUUUUUUUUUUUUUUAAGACAGAGUCUUGAUCUGCCACCCAGGCUGGAGUGCAGUGGCACGAUCUUGGCUCACUGCAACCUCCACCUCCUGGGUUCACGCAAUUCUCCUGCUCCAGCCUCCCCAGUAGCUGGGACUAAAGGCAUGUGCCAUCACACCCGGCUAAUUUUUUGUAUUUUUAAUAGAGACGGGAUUUCACCAUGUUAGCCAGGAUGGGCUUGAUCUCCUGACCUUGUGAUCCGCCUGCCUCGGCCUCCCAAAGUGCUGGAAUUACAGGCGUGAGCCACCGCACCCAGCCUGUUUUUGUUGUAUUCUGUGUUGUUUCAAAGAUUGGAAUAAAUCUCCCUGUAAAUAACUCAUGAAAAAGACAAUAUAUAUAUUUUAAAUAUAUAUUUUAAUAAAGGUUUUAUAAAUAUAUGGUUUAUAUUCUUCUAGGAACUCAAAAGAUGUGGUAAGUUUUGCAAAAUCAGGGUAAGCUCCCCCUGCAUUCUGUAAUGUUAAUGGGUGUUGCUAUAGUACAGAAAAUGUAACUUUCAUUAAAAAAUCUUUUUUAGAAAAGGAUAAAGAGUGUGUGUUUUCCCCUUCCUUUCUUGAGCUCAUUCUUCCUGCUUUCAAGGCCAUUGUGGUCUUAAGAAGUAAUCAGGACCUGAAAUCUCAAUUUAAAUAGGUCCCUUAUUAGGGAUAUUUAACCUUAGCCUAGAAAACUUGGUCUGCAGGUGUAAUUUCAGACACUGUAACAUUUGAUGGUAAAGGGUGACCAAAUACUUUUAGUCAGCAGAGAGUCACAAAGGCAACGGUUUACCCAGCUCUGUCUUAACAGCACCCUGGCAUAGAAGCUUUCACUCUCUUACACUAAAUUUAACCUAGUCUAAACUUAAUCCUUAGCAUUAUUUUUAAUUUCCCAUCUACAUCUUUUUCAGUUUUCCUUAAAAUUUUACUAAACACAGUCCUCAAUUUUAUUUGCAUUUACAAUAAACAGUAUUUAUAAGUCA